AAUGAAAUAUUAAUAUAUUUUCAGAGAAAGAAUUUCUUUUAAAAUGUCUCUCUCUCGCGGUUUGUACGGCGAGAAAAAAGAAGUUCUUCAUCUUCAGGCGGACGCAACUUCCCUGGCGGAUCUCAAGGCGGAGACCGUUCGGAAAAAGGCGGAGGCCGUUAAGAAUCGUCAACAGGGAAACUACCGGCCGGAAAAAAGCGGCGAAAACAAGAAAAAGGCGAAUAUUUGGUCGAAGGAGAACACUGGACUGUUGGCGAGGAUGCAGAGGGAUAUGGAGGUCAAGGCGGAGGAGGAGAGAAACUGGGCCAAAUCUAAAUCCAUCAUGGAGCGGAAAUCCAAGCUCUAUGAUAGUCUAAAGACUGGAAAGGGUAAAAGCGAGGUCGCCAGCAAUUUCCUGGUUAAUUUUAGCGAUCGACGGGAUAGUGAUUCUGAUUCAGACGAUGGAAGGUAUCAGAGUAAGGAUUAUCCGGCAAGUAAGGACGGAGAGGAGUGGGUUGAAUACACAGAUCCUCUUGGACGAACUAGAACUUGUAUGAAGAAAGAUUUAAAGCGAGUUCAGAGGAAAAAUAAGGAUAUCGUCCGUAUUGACGAAGAUGACGAUUCUGAGGACGAUAGGCGUGAAAGAACGAGACCGGCGAAUAGUGACGAUGAACCGGAUUUGUUAAGUGAAGAUAUGAGACGAGAUAUGCUCCGGCAGAAGUGGGAGAAGGAGGAAAUGGAAAACUUGACCAAGGAUUCUCUUCAUUACACUGAUGUUAGGUUUGAUGAGGCUCGGAACCAUGGAGCAGGAUUCUACGCUUUCUCCAAAGACGGAGAUAAAAGAACUCAAGAGCAGGUUACUCUCAAGAAACUACACGAGGAAACCGACGAAGCAAGGAAGGAGAAAGAACGAAAGGCGGUUAAAAGAAAACGUGAAAUGGCGGAGAGAAUAAGGAAGAUUAAACAGAAACGGCGAGAAAAGUUGGGACUUCCGCCGUUAGAGGACGAGGAGGCGGAAGAGGACAAUUUGGAGGAGGACACAGACCCUGACUUCACCAAGAGCGUGAUGGAAGGGUUGAAGAAGUUCAGGGAGAAGAACGAGGAGGAGGAGCGGAGAAGGAAUGAUGUCCGACGGAAAGAAUCUUUACGGGAGUGGGAUGAAGGGAAGGAAGGAACGAGUGAGGUGAGGAAGGAGUGGAAGGUUAUGACCCAGCAGGAAUGGUUGGAUAAACAGAGGAAAGACCGACAAAAUGAAUUUGCUCCGCCCUCCGCGUAUACUGAGGCAAGAACCAUAUUACAGAAGAAAGAGGAAGAAUUUAUUAAGCUGCAGGAAGAGAAACGUAGAAUGACCAAAUCCAAACCUAAAGAAAACAAAUUUGUUAAACCUCCACCACCCUAUGAAAGACUAGCUGUUCCUAAACCAAUCCCUUCUCUAGAUCCUAUGGCCAUGUUAGAGGCAACCCCAACCUUCACCGAAUCAAAGGCACACACUAGACCGACCUUCUCCGAGGUGAACUCUGGCACUUCUCCGGGUAUAUCCGGUAUAGAGCCACUAAUGAAUUCCUAUUCUACAGCAAUGCGGCUGGAUUUACAUAAGAAGAUGCAGGAUCAACAUUUCUUGCCGAGACCUGGACUGAACACCGCUAUCAUCAAUGAGCUAGAGGAGUUCGAGGAGUCAGAUGAUGAGGAGGAUGAAGUCUUACGUCGAGGUCAAAAGGCGGAGGUUGCUCCGCCCUCGAGUAUGGAUUAUUAUUCCUUUUCUGGCGGACCAAGGGAUAGUAAACAUGGGUUCAGAACCCAUGAAGAUAUGGCGAGUGCUUUUAACCAGGGUCUAAAUAAUGCGCGAAAAAAAUGAUGAAAAGACGCGGGAGAAAAAAUUUCAUACUUUCAG